AUCGAUACCAGCCCAGCUAGGCAGUGUCAGCACGCACGAUUUUGUUUCUUAAAGGUUAGUCGAUGGACAUCUAUGAUAUAAAAUGACUGACUACGUAGAAGAACAGCGGAACGAGUUGGAGGCAAUAGAGUCCAUUUACCCCGAUUCCUUUACAGUGCUUUCCGAAGACCCCACUAGUUUUACAAUCACAGUCACUUCCGAUGCAGGGGAAAACGACGAGACAUUGGAGGUGACACUGAAGUUUACAUAUGUGGAGAAGUACCCAGAUGAGCCUCCACUCUGGGAGGUCCCGUACCAGGAAAAUCUGGAAGAUGCAGACAAGGAAGACAUCCUGGUUUUAUUGAAGCAACAGGCAGAAGAAAACCUGGGCAUGGUCAUGAUCUUCACCCUUGUGACAGCUGUGCAGGAGAAACUGAAUGAAAUAGUCGACCAAAUUAAGAGCAGAAGAGAAGAAGAAAAGAAGAGGAAAGAAAAGGAGGCAGAAGAAGAAGAGAAGGCAUUCCAGGGAACGGUAGUGACUAUUGAGAGCUUCCUGUCAUGGAAAGCGCAGUUUGAACGGGAGAUGGUGGAACUGAAGAGGAAAAAGCAGAAGGAGGAUGAGCAGUCUGGAAAGAACAAACUCACAGGAAAACAGCUUUUCGAGAGAGACCAUAAUCUUGAUACAUCAGAUAUUCAGUUCCUGGAGGAUGCUGCAAACAGUGUUGAAGUGGAUGAAUCCCUCUUCCAAGACAUGGAUGAUCUGGAUCUGGAUGAGGAUGAUCCUGAUUUUGAACCACUAGAUCUGGACAGUGAUGAAGACUAAGGUGGCUCAGAUGGCCAGCUUCACGUGGGGUGGCCGGACAGGUAGUCAGGAGGGGGGAUCCAGGCAGUCGGACAUCAGAGCAAUCUCACUGAAAAGGAACUGUUUACCCGGAUUGCAGAAUGCUGCAUAUUUUACUGAAACCUUUCAAAGGCUUGAUCAUUUUUGACCAUUACGCCAUUAAAUCCCUUUAGACUUGAUCUCACCCUGCUGAGCUUUAAGAGGAGUACUGGAGGAAUCUUUAAUAUUACAGCCAAGCAUGCUGAUGGAAGAAAUAUGGUUUCAAAUUUGAGGUGAAGAAGGUGGAAAUAAUACGGUGGAUAAAUAAUGGUGUGCUUAUGGAUAAAUAACCACACUAUAGUUAUUUAACCCGAAAAAAGAGACUUUAUUAAGCAACCAUUUAAAUCAUGUAGCUGACCAAAAUGGAGCUUCAAGAAAUGUUUAUAUAAAAAUGUUUCAUUUCUAAGCAAA